AUGACUUCCGAACACCCUUAUGACCCUUAUAUUCCCGCUGGAGGCGCUGGUGCCUCUGCGCCGAAUGGUAACCAGCGAACCGCCGCUUUGCAAGCUCAAAUUGAUGACACUGUUGGUGUGAUGCGCGAAAACAUCAAUAAGGUUUCUCAACGUGGUGAGCGCCUCGACUCUUUGCAGGACAAGACGGACAACCUGGCAGUAUCAGCCCAGGGUUUCCGUCGAGGUGCCAAUCGCGUGCGCAAGCAAAUGUGGUGGAAGGAUAUGAAGAUGCGUGCUUGUUUGAUCGUUGUGGUCAUUAUUCUGCUAGUGGUCAUUAUCGUGCCUACUGCUGUUCAUUUCUCCAAGUAA